AUGGGCCUCACUCAAGACCAGAUCAACAUCGUCAAGUCGACGGCGCCCGUGCUCAAGGUGCACGGCGAGACCAUCACGACCCUGUUUUACAAAGACAUGAUUGACACCCACCCGGAGCUCAAGAACGUCUUCAGUCUUCGCAACCAAGCCUCCGGCGAGCAGCCCCGGGCACUCGCCCAGUCCGUCCUCGCCUACGCCAGCUACAUUGACGAUCUGCCCAGGCUCAAGGCCGCCGUGGAGCGCAUCGCCCACAAGCACGCCUCACUGUACAUCCGCCCCGAACAAUACGACAUCGUCGGCACCCACCUCAUGAAGGCCAUUGGUGAGGUCCUGGGGGACGCUCUUACCCCCGAGAUCGCCGAGGCUUGGACCGCUGCAUACGGCCAGCUCGCGCAGGUCUUCAUCGGCCGCGAAGACGAGAUGUACCGCGAGGCCGGUCCUUGGACCAACUGGCGCAAGUUCAAGAUCAUCCGUCGUAUCGACGAGUCCGACUCCGUCACCAGCUUCUACCUCGCCCCCUCGGACGGCAGGCUGCCUCUGCCAAAGUACCAGCCCGGCCAGUACAUCUCUGUGCAGGUCCCCGUGCCGCAGCUCGGCGGCAUCACCCAGCCAAGGCAGUAUAGUCUCAGCGACGCUGCCUCCAAGGGAGACUACUACCGCAUCAGCGUCAAGCGCGAGGCGACACUCGUCGACGCGCCCCAGGAUGACGUGAGCAAGGGCCUGGUUCCCGGCCUGGUUUCCAACCUCCUACACAAUGACUUCCAGGUCGGCGACGAGGUCGAGGUGUCGCACCCCCGAGGUGAUUUCUUCCUCGACACGGCCCAGGACGAUAAGGCGGAUGUUCCGCUGGUGUUGCUCUCGGCAGGCGUCGGCGCGACCCCGCUCAUGUCCAUCCUCAACACGGUGCUGAGCCCCGAGUCCAAGACGCCGAACCGGCCGAUCAAGUGGGUACACGUGGCGCGCAACAGCGGCAACCUCGUGUUCGCCAAGCACAUCCGAAACCUCACCCGCGAGCGGGAAAACGUCAGCGCACACAUCUUCCUCAAUGAGGUGAAGCCAGGGGACCAGAAGGGACAGGAGUACGAUUACGAGCAGCACCUUGACCUGACGAAACUGCCUCAGGAGGAACUCGGACUAUCCGACAAUAGGACUGAGUAUUAUGUCUGUGGGCCGAGGGAUUGGAUGCUCAAGGUGAGACUGGUGCUCGAGGGCCUGGGUGUUGAGAGGGCGAGAGUGAAGCUGGAGCUGUUUGCUACCGGUGACGUCGACCAGUAG